CCGCCAUGACCUUGCCCCCGCCAAGCAUGUCCCUCUUCUCCCCGAGCCAGGUGGCCCGUGUCUGCGAAGCCCUGCAGGAGAGCGGGGAGUUUGAGCGCCUGGCCCGGUUCUUGUGGUCUCUCCCGCCAUCCCUCGCCCUCCGGCACCACCAAGGCCUCAGCUGUGCCCCCACCACCUGCCACGAACUGGAACUGCUGGGGAACCCGCUACCUUCAGCCACGUGGCUGGCACCCUACUGUGGCCAGGCUGGUGCCUACCACCUGGAAACUAUCGGGGCACACCGAGCCGGAAACAGGUUUCCGGGACAUCUGGCCGACCGGUCCCCUACCAGGAAGGAACUGCCCGGUUUGCCCAGAGAGUCGGCUCAAGACCGGGAACAGAAGGCAAACGGUUUCAAGGAAAGGACCCGGAACCUCCUGAGGGAAUGGUACCUCCAAGAUCCCUAUCCUAACCCCUCCCGGAAGAGGCACCUGGCCCAGGCCACCGGACUCACCCCCACCCAGGUGGGGAACUGGUUUAAAAACCGCCGCCAGAGAGAUCGCGCCGCGUCAGCCAAGCACAGGCUGCAGAAGGAGCUGCCCGCCCAGCCUGGCGACUCCAUGCAGCCUUCUAGAACGGAGAGCCUCAAUGGUGCCCCCUGCCUGCCGGAGGACAGCGACGUGCUCCAUGAUCAGAGAGACGCCACCGCACCCACCAGCGACAGCGAAAACAGCCAGGGGGCCCUGAAGAGCUGGGAGGACUGA